AUGGGGGAAGACCCAGAACGCGACAUCGACGAGAUCAUUCAGGAGAUGGAUUACAUCCCCGGGCACUUCCACUUGGAACUGAAUUUAAACUUCGAGCCUUUCCAAGGCGAGAGGCUGAGGCGAAGAGACACGAAGCUGAAACGGGAGAGCCUGCAGCUGGAGGCGGACGCUGGCGCUCAGCGCUUCGCUGUGCGCAACCUGCUGGGGGUUUUCGCCUUCUACCUGGACGAAUACCGGGGGGCCGAGGAGAUCUUUUCCAGCGUGUGCCAGGAGGAGCCUGGCAACCUCAACGCCUUGGCCAACCUGGGCUAUGUGUACGACCGGCUGCAGAAGGAGGCGCAGGCGGCUGAGUGCCUGGAGCGGCUCUCCCAGCUAAUGGCUGGGGAAGAGGGGGGAGAGACCGAGUCCCUGCGGUCGCUCCGUGCAGCCAGGUGCCUGGCUGAACAGGCCUAUGCCAGCGCUUUCGAUGUGGGGCUGCAGAGCGAGGAGGAACACGCUACGAAGCUGAGCACAGCCAUCAGACUCUAUGAUAAAGCCCUGCUUUAUGGCAAGAACAUG